UGAAAUUUGCAGUCGUUGAUAAAUAAAAAGUAAACCCCGGUACUUUAUUCUUCGCCAUCGGGCAUUUCUUCGCGUCUCUCCGAUUUUCACGCCAACCGCUGCUCAUCAGAGACGCAAAGUUCGACGAUCGGAUUCGGAACCCUAACCUGCCACAAUGCACACCGGCCAGAUGCUGCUUGAGGAACCUGUGCGCCUCGCCUCUGUGCUCGCGCCGCCCAAGAUCAAGUUCUUUCCAUCAUUGACUAAAAUUGUUGGGACACUUGGGCCAAGAUCACGAUCAGUGGAAACACUUGAGGCAUGCCUCAAAGCUGGAAUGUCAGUUGCACGAUUCGAUUUUUCUGGGUCAAAUGCGGAAUACCAUCAGGAGACUCUUGACAAUUUGAGGAUUGCUGUGAGCAAUAUCAAGAAGCCAUGCGCUGUUAUGCUAGACACUGUGGGUCCUGAACUUCAAGUUUGCAACACAUCCGGUGAACCAAUUGAGUUAAAAUCUGGUAACAACGUCACUUUAACUCCAGAUGGUUCUAGAGUUCCGUCAGCUGAAGUUUUGCCCAUAAAUAUCUCUGAUCUGGCAAAGGCAGUAAAAAAGGGCGAUACUGUUUUUAUAGGUCAGUAUCUUUUCACUGGAAGUGAGUCAACAUCUGUAUGGCUUGAGGUUGUGGAUACAGUCGGUGAUGAUGUAAAUUGUCUUGUGAAGAACAGUGCUACACUUGCUGGGUCCAUCUUCACCAUGCACGUGUCACAAGUUUCUAUCAAUUUACCAACUCUUGGUAGUAGAGAUAAGCAGGUGAUUUCAUCUUGGGCUUUACAAAACAAUGUUGACAUCAUUUCCCUAUCUUACACUCGUCAUGCAGAGGAUGUGCGUGAGCUUAGAGAAUUUCUUAGAUCUCAAAAUCUCCACUACACACAGAUUUAUGCCAAAAUUGAGAAUUUUGAGGGUUUUGAACAUUUUGAUGAGAUUCUCCAAGAAGCAGAUGGUAUAAUUCUUUCGCGAGGGAACCUGGGGAUAGAUCUUCCUCCAGAAAAGGUGUUUAUUUAUCAGAAGACUGCUGUUAAAAAGUGCAACAUGGCUGGAAAGCCUGCGAUAAUCACUAGAGUGGUUGACAGUAUGGUUGACAAUUUGCGCCCAACUCGUGCAGAGGCGACUGACGUAGCAAACGCAGUUUUGGAUGGUACCGAUGGUAUACUAUUAGGUGCAGAGACUCUGCGAGGUCUCUAUCCUGUUGAAACCAUAAGGACUGUUGGCCAGAUCUGCUCAGAAGCUGAGAGUGUAUACAACCAAGCUCAUCAGUUUAAAAAGAUAAUACAAUAUGUUGGAGAACCAAUGUCGCAUGAAGAAUCUGUUGCAUCAUCAGCAGUGCGUGCGGCAGUUAAAGUCAAAGCGUCUGUGAUUAUCGCGUUUACUACCACAGGAACUGCUCCCAGAUUGGUAGCUAAGUAUAGACCUCCAAUGCCUGUUUUGGCUCUCGUCUUUCCGCAAGAAAAAAUCGACUCGUUGAACUCAAAUGCUCUAAGCACCAUAAAGGCUAGGCAGUGUCAAGCAUUAAGAGGCAUCUAUCCGAUUCUGGCCAUUUCUAGCUCGGGGGAGAUCAACCUCAAGGAGGAGGUCGCUCUGAAACUUGCUCUGGACUAUGGCAGAUCGGUGGGCAUUCUGAAGCCUUACGAUCGGGCAGUUAUCUUCGAGAAGAUCGGCGACUCUGCCGUCGUCAAGAUCGUCGAGUUUGAAGAUUCUUGAACAAUUUCUGAACAAUUUCACUCAUCAUCAACUACAUUUUAUGCUAUGAUUGCUCUUUAACAAUAAUGAGCUCACAAUAAAAGUGAAUGAAAAAGGACAAAUUAUUCACUUGGAUUUACUGGAUUUUACAGAUUCAUGUC